CGGGGCGGGGCUGGCCGGCUUCCAGGCAAGGGCUCUGGCCGCCCGCGCAGCCGGGCCGCUCCGGGGACGGGCCGGGGCGGGGCGCGGCAGCAGGAAACGGGGCGGGGACUCGCGGAGGCGUUGGGGAGCGAGGGAGGGCGCGGCCAACUCCCGGAGGGACGGCAGGCCGAGACAGCGGCGCCCGGCUCUGGCGCCGAGCCUGAGCCCGCCGGACAGGAGGCGGCCCAGCCGCGGGCUCGGCCUCGGCCCCAGUCCCGCCAGCAUGGCCGGCCGGACCGUGCGGGCCGAGACCCGGAGCCGGGCCAAGGAUGACAUCAAGAAGGUGAUGGCGACCAUCGAGAAGGUCCGGAGAUGGGAGAAGCGCUGGGUGACUGUGGGCGACACUUCCCUUCGUAUCUUCAAGUGGGUGCCAGUGGUGGACCCCCAGGAGGAGGAGCGACGGAGGGCAGGUGGCGGGGCAGAGAGAUCCCGAGGUCGGGAACGGCGGGGCAGGGGCGCCAGUCCCCGAGGGGGCGGCCCUCUCAUCCUGCUGGAUCUCAAUGAUGAGAACAGUAACCAGAGUUUCCAUUCGGAAGGCUCUCUGCAAAAGGGCACCGAGCCCAGCCCUGGGGGCACCCCCCAGCCCAGCCGCCCUGUGUCACCUGCUGGACCACCAGAAGGGGUCCCAGAGGAUGCUCAGCCCCCACGGCUGGGCCAAGAGAGAGAUCCUGGGGGCGUAACUGCAGGCAGCACCGAUGAACCCCCAAUGCUGACCAAGGAGGAGCCUGUUCCAGAAUUGCUGGAGGCUGAGGCCCCUGAAGCUUACCCCGUCUUUGAGCCAGUGCCACCUGUCCCCGAGGCAGCCCAGGGUGACACAGAGGACUCGGAGGGCGCCCCCCCACUCAAGCGCAUCUGCCCAAAUGCCCCUGACCCCUGAGAAGCUGGCCUGCCUGUCCUGUCGCCCCAAGGGCCCCUUUGGCUUUUUACAAAUAAAGACCCUUUUGUAA